AUGGCAGUUGAACUACACAUUAAACACGGCGACGAAGCCGUCAAUAGCAAGAAGUUCUCUGAAGCAGUGGACCAUUACACUGCCGCAUUGAAAGAAAAUCCUGAUGCCUUUCUUGCGUACAUCAAGCGUGCCGCUGCCUAUUUGAAGCUCAGUGAACAUUCGACCGCCAGAGCAGAUAUCAAUGAAGCAAUUAAGAUAGCCGAUAGAAGAGGUAAGAGAGAUGAUAAGGGGCUUUGCUUUUACAGAUUGGGUCUAAUAAGCUACGGCGAGAAGCAAUAUGCUGAAGCACUUUCGAAUUUCAAGAAGGCGAAAGAGUAUCUGUUUACAGAACCUGCGUUGGACAUUUGGAUCGCCAAAGCGGAAAGAGAUUUGAAGAAACUCAAUUUAUCAGAGAAGGCUGAACCUUCACCCUCAGAGUCUACCGAGGUGAAGCUGACUAGCGCUGAUGUCAUCAAUAAGCAGGCGCCUAUCAAAGCAAAGAUCAGAGAUGACUGGUACCAAUCAAACGAGAAUGUGACCGUGACCAUUUACGCUAAGAAUGUCAAAGAAGAGACUUUGAACAUUGCUUUCAAUUCUCGAUCUGUUGCCAUUUCCUUCCCUAGUGGAGAAAACUCCGAAUACAACUACAACUUGGAACCGUUGUACGGUGAAAUAGACAUCGAGCAAUCCACAUACAAAAUCUACGGCACAAAGUUGGAGCUUACUUUAGCAAAGAAGAUCAAAGGGAAAUGGGCACUGUUGGAAGGAAAUGGAGAGAUCAAGCCUGUAGAGCCAAAGGAAAGUGGCACAGGGUUGGCAUAUCCUUCCUCAUCCAGGAAAGCCGUUAACUGGUCCAAUUUUAAAGUCCAAGAAGACGAAGAAGAGGAAGAUUUCUUUGCAAAAUUAUACAAGGAUGUGGAUGAUGAUACGAGAAGAGCCAUGAUGAAGUCGUAUGUGGAGUCAAACGGUACGGUUCUUACCACCAAUUGGUCCGAGGCCGAAAACAAGAAAUACGAAACAAUUACGGGAAAUUUUGAUGAUUGGUCGCUCAAGAAGGGUGUACUCAAGAAAGAAGAUGGUGGUGAUUUCGUUGGUGAAGUCCGUGUAGAUGAACCUCAACGCUUGGUGUUUAAGUUUGUUGUGAAUGGGUCCCAAUGGAUCACCAGUCCAAAGUAUAAGAUUGAGCACGAUAUUCAGGGCAAUGCCAAUAAUUACUUGGAAAUCGAUGAUUUGCACGAAGAGAAGGUUGUUGCACCACGGUCAGCGUCCUCGGAGCCAUCCGAGAUUGCUUCUGUCGAAGAUACAUCAGAUGGUGAGGUGAUUAGGUACCUGUUACACCAGAACUAUACCAACGACAGCAAUAAUGGUCACCUUGCUGAAGUCCCCACGUCGCAGUCUUCGUAUGCUGCGUUAUCAAUCCCAAGUGAUGGCUACGAAGAUCUAGGAAACGACGCUAUCCAAGGAGAUGAUGGUGAAACGACAGAGGGUUUUACUCUGGAGAACUAUCACUCUGCAAGAAGUUGCGGUCAAUCGCAUGAAGAAGAGGGCCGACAGCCUCUAUCAGGCUCUCCGCCGAGGCAUCGUAACGCCCCCAUUGAUAUCCAAACGUCUGGUCAAUCCAGCUCUCAACCGAGGCCUAUCCAGCCCCACCACUCCACCUCCUACAGAAGUAACCACGCCGGUUCAGGAGAUACAACGCCCAUUAAUUCCCUCCUCAGCGCCGGAUUCUUCGGAGCCAAACAACUCGCUGCCCCAACCCAGCAAGAAUCGGAAGUAUCGACUCUUGGCGCUCACUCUCGGAGUAGCUCUUAUACUGCUCGGUCUCAGCAGCAAGGUAAUAAAGUUCAAGAUCCCUUGGUUAUAAACGGCUUGGGGAACUUGACCGACCCAAAUGCCUCUCCACGAAAGAAGAAUGGCAAUUUAGUCUCACGCUUCAUGGGAUUUUUUCAAUGA